GAUAGUGCCAAGUCUUUUCGGAUUGACGACCUUCUAGCGAAGGGCCCGACCAAGCGGCCACGUUCCCCCAGCCCCAACCCCAGCCCCCGGCCCGCUAGCCCGCUGUCUCCCGAGCCGGUGAGUCCGAAGAGCCCGGGCACCCCGCCGACCUCCCCGGCUCCCCCCAGCACACAGCCCGGUACCGGCCUGACCACCAGCAGCAUCACUCCCAAACCCGGGCUCCUCAACAUCCAGCCGCCGCCGGGACUCGCCAUGUCACAGCCUACUCUACAAGUGUACGGCCAUCCCCUGUACUCCUACCCCAACGUCAUGAACGGGCACCACCCGCUGUCCUUCUCGGCCCUACAGACAACCCCGCCCGAACACCUCAAGGCCGCCGGCGUGCCUCUAGACUGGAUCCGGGCCGGGGGGAUGCUCAUGCCCAGGAUGGACUACCCUGGCGGCAUGCACAGCGCCCAGGCGAACCCUCUGUGUAAGACCCGCCGGCCCCGCACAGCCUUCACCAGUCAGCAGCUACUGGAGCUGGAGAAACACUUCAAGGAGAACAAGUACCUGUCACGGCCCAAGCGAUUCGAGGUCGCCACGUCACUCAUGCUGACAGAAACACAGGUGAAGAUCUGGUUCCAGAACAGACGGAUGAAGUGGAAGAGAAGCAAGAAAGCCAAGGAGGAGAUGCUGAAGGACAAGGCGCCGAAGUCUGACGUCACACAAGUCAAGUAUGACGACGAAGGAAAGUCGAACAACUGGUCCUCCGGUCAGCAGGACCGUAAGGAGCAUGCGCGUGCCGAUCCCGGGUCCCCGGAUGUGGUUACUAACGGAGAGAGCGAGGCGCCUGGUUCUACAGACGACAGACUAAGUUUUGUGGAGAAAAAAGCUUCAGACAUCAGGGCUGGGGCGGAAUUGUAAACUUGGCGCUGCUGUAACGGGGCAUGUGUGACCUAGCCUCUAUCAGGCUUCGGGAAGUGGCCGGAGUGAGUAGCCAAAUAGAUGGACAACAUGCCAGGGGAGUAGGUCCGCUAAUGCUGAGGUCACAUUUCCAAACCGAUGCCCGGCCGGACAGUCUUAU